AUGUCAACAUUUUUAAAAUAAUAACUAGAAUAAGUAGUAGAUAAUGAAGGUCGCAAUUUAUAUAAUCAUUUAUCAAAUGUACUAACAAAAUUGGUUUUAGAUGAACCUAAAAACGCGUAUGAUGUCCUUGAAGAUUAUUCACACCAUGUAAAGCUUUGUAAAUAUGAUUUCAAACAGCAUAGCGAUUUUACUGAUAAUACGUAAAGAAUUCUUGAAAAGUAUUAAGAUGUAUAAGAAAGCUAUUAAAAAAAUAAGAAGCUUUUAAGUGUAAACAUUUUUUUAUUUUAUUAAUUUAAAUUAAAACAAAAAAAUAAUUAGUAAAUUUUGGAAGGAGAAGAAGAUAAUUUAGCACCUAUAGGACCUAUAGGUUAUGUUCCUAAUUUUAUGGAAGAAUCUAAAUGGUUUGAAUGGGCGGGAGUUGGAUUUGGAGAAGAAUUAUCCUAUAGAAUUUUUAGAUCUUUGACUGUAUUAAGUAAUUCUAAAAAAGAGAAAAAUCUUAAGAAUGUAAGACUAUGGGGAAAAAUACAUGGUAGUUAAAAAGACUAUUAUAUAGCCGAAGGGUAGGCUGAUUUUGAAGAUUAUGGAGAAUUACCACCCGAAGUAGAGCCUUUGGGAGGGGAUGAGCCUUCUGUAAAUUAAAUGAAUUAUUAUGUUACAACAGAUCUUGUGAAUGGAGAAUGGGUAGAAUUGCCUUUUAUUACCCCAAGUUAAAUUUAAACAUCAAGAAAAAUAAAAUAUGUAUUUACAGGAGAUUUAAAUAGAAAAAUUAUUACUAAUCCUCAUUUUGAAAGUAAUGUAAAACCUGCUAAUUAAUACGGAUAUUCAGUAGGAACUGAAAAGGAAUUACUUAAAUGUUAAAUUAUUAGAAUCAAUCAUUGCACAUCUAUUUAACCUAAAGGAUUAAAAGUUUUAGAUGCUGAAGAUCCUAGAGUAAUUGUUGAUCCACCAGAAGAUACGUUUGUAUAUCCCAGUUUUGAAAAUUUAUCUAAAAUUAAUGGUUGGGUUCAUAAUAAAUAAAAUAUUUUGAAUGUAAUUAUUUAAAAAAAUAUAUUUAAAAAAUCGCUUUUUAUUAAGGAAGGAAAAUUAAAACAUACAAUUCCUAAUGAUAUAGAAGAUGAAGAUCCUGAAAUAGUUUAAAAAAGAAUUGAAGCAAAAGAUCCUUUUGAACCUUUAUUAAAGUCUUUAGAUUUAGAUAAAUCUCCUGAAGGUUAUGAUUAAUCUUGGACUAUUAGAGUAUAUGGAGAUAGCACUAAUUAUGGAUUAUUUUAGAGACAAGAAGGAUAUUAAAAUUAUGGAUACAUUGCAAUUAAAAAUUUAUAUUGGCCAGGUUCUGUUACUAUAUAUCAUAAUAAAAAAUAUCAAAAUAUUUACGUUGGAUAUGGUUUUAAAUAAUCUUCUGAAACAUAUUUCCCUUGUGAACCAGAAAUAAUUUUAGAAGAGAGGCUUGAAAUUCCUUGCUAAAUUGAGCCUGUACCUCCUGAAGAAGUAAAAUAAGAAGAAACUCCAUAAGCAAAUGACGAUCAAUAAGAUGACGAAUGA